UUGACUUAUGAGUUCUCCGAAAUAAAAAUAAAAACUUAUCCUCAUAGCAUACUAUCAUCGUCAUGUUCCCUGUCCGUGGAUAUCCACCCAUCGUCUUCAAACCCUAGUUCGGUGAAAGGAAGAUCAACUUGUAAAGAGAGAGCUGGAUCUAAAUCCAUUGCCGGAUUCGUCACAUUCGCCUUCCAUCACCGGGAAAUCUCCGCCGGCGCUGGCCGAGAAGUUGAAGUGCCCUCUGAACCGACUGAUGAGUAGAUAAGGAGAGCCCAAGUUCCCAAUCCAAACACUAUCUUAUAUUGAAUGCUCAAUUGUUUCCUUUUACCUAUUGUCUUUCUUCAAUUGCAUCACAACCAUUAUUGUUUUAAGGUGUAUAACUCCACCGCCUUAGCGCUCCUGUAUUCAACGGAAAAUUGAUCUAUCUACCGGAUUCAAGGGUGAAACCUUUUAAGGCGACGUCCUGCCUACACUGCCACUGCCAAUGAUGUUUGCCCCAUCCUCCACCUGCUAGUUUUGCCACGUACCUGCUCUCGAUAUUGUUGUCAGUUGUCACUUUGACCUGCUGCCACUGCCAAUAAUCACCACCACAGUUGUUAAAAUGUGGAUUUACUGAAGGAAUAUUGUAGGGCGGGUGCAGGUUAAAGAAUUUUCACAAUCCAGCAGUAGAAAAGUUUGAUACUUGAGAAGGUGAAGGAGAAGAGCCAUAUAGAAGCACCAGUACUGGAGCCAUGGUGAAACUCUUUGAUGCUCACUGUCACCUCCAAGAUCCAAGGAUCUUUAGCAUGGCUCCCCAAGUAAUUAGAAAAGCCCUUGAUACUGGCGUAGUUCGUUUUGCUGUUAAUGGAAUCUGUGAGAAAGAUUGGCAUCUGGUGAAGCAGAUGAGUGACGAUUAUCCUAGCAUAAUCCCAUGCUUUGGGCUCCAUCCCUGGUAUGUUACUGAGAGGACUCCCAGCUGGUUUAACACACUGAAGGAAUUCUUUACAGCUACUCCUUCGGCUGCAGUUGGAGAGAUUGGUUUGGACAAAGGUUCGAGGGGAAGGGAGAUCGAUUUUACGGAUCAAGUUGAAGUUUUCAGGCAACAGCUUGAACUUGCAAAAGAGUUGAAAAGACCAGUAUCCGUUCAUUGUGUGCGUGCUUUCGGUGAUCUUCUUCAGAUACUGAAAUCUAUGGGACCUUUCCCUGCUGGCAUAAUUCUGCAUUCUUUCCUGGGUUCUGCUGAGAUGGUUCCUGAAUUGGCUAGCCUUGGUGCUUACUUCUCCUUCUCUGGAUUUCUUAUGUCUAUGAAAGAAAGCAAGGCAAAGAAAAUGUUAAAGUCAGUACCCGCUGAUAGGAUUUUAUUGGAAACAGAUGCACCUGAUGCGCUACCAAAAACAAAUAAUUUGGAUUCUCUGUUUCUGAUUGAAGAAGAUGCUUCCAAUGCUAAAGGGUAUCAGGAUCAAGGUGAAAAUUCAACUUCAAAUGAAGGCAGUCCCUCGGACAAUCUGUCCCAAGCUGCAAGAGAUGCAUUAACACUACCAAAAGAAACACUUAAUCAUCCAGCUAACAUUCAUAAUGUGCUGAUCUAUGUUGCAUCUUUGCUCGAGAUGACUAAGGAAGAACUUGCAGACAUAAGCUACGAAAAUGCAGUACGUUUGUUCUCUUACAAAGAUUCUAAAAUACUACUAGAAGAUUAGAUAAGCUUUUGCUGUCUUAUGUAAAGAUUGGGAGCAGAGAGUUGUACUUUUAAACCUGCUACCCCUUCACACCAGCACUUUAUUGUUAUAUAUACAUCUUCCUAUUCACAAGGUUUUGUAAAAGAAGCCAUGCAAUACAGUACUUCUCCGUUUUAAACAAAGCUACCCUUAAAAGUGCUUUUAGUAUUGGGCAAGAUGGCCUUGGUUAUGCAUAAAA